UACUUCUCCACCUUGCUUGGAGAAUGCACUCGAAUCGCUCAAGGACGACGGAGCCACCUGGCCUUCCUCCUGGCUGAAAUGCAGAGAAGUUUGCCAUUGUUCCAAAUCCGGAAGAAAGUCACUGGACUGGGUCGAGCCUAUGCCUUGGCUUUUGCCGAAAGAGGUGCAUCAGUGGUUGUGAAUGAUUUAGGAGGAGACUUUAAAGGAGAUGGUAAAAGCUCUUCAGCUGCUGAUAAAGUUGUUGAAGAAAUAAGAAGGAACGGUGGAAAAGCAGUGGCCAACUACGAUUCAGUUGAAGCAGGAGAGAGGAUUGUGAAGACAGCACUGGAUACUUUUGGAAGAAUUGAUAUUGUGGUCAACAAUGCUGGGAUUUUAAGGGAUCGUUCUUUUGCUAGGACAAGUGAUGAAGAUUGGGAUUUAAUCCAUAGAGUUCAUUUGCGGGGCUCCUUCCAAGUGACCCGAGCAGCAUGGGACCACAUGAAGAAACAGAAUUAUGGAAGGCUCAUCAUGACGUCCUCAGCUUCAGGAAUAUAUGGCAACUUUGGCCAGGCGAAUUACAGUGCUGCAAAGCUGGGCCUUCUGGGCUUAGCCAAUACUCUUGCAAUUGAAGGGAGAAAAAACAACAUUCAUUGUAACACAAUUGCCCCUACUGCAGGAUCGAGAAUGACUAAGACUGUUUUGCCAGAAGAUGUUCUCAAAGCUCUGAAGCCAGAUUAUGUUGCACCUCUGGUCCUUUGGCUUUGCCAUGAGAGUUGUGAGGAAAAUGGUGGCUUGUUUGAGGUGGGAGCUGGAUGGAUUGGAAAAUUACGCUGGGAGAGAACCCUUGGGGCCAUUGUAAGGCAGAAGAAUCAGCCAAUGACUCCGGAGGCAGUGAAAGCUAAAUGGGCGCAAAUCUGUGAUUUUGAUAAUUCGAGCACCCCUCAGAGUAUUCAAGAAUCAACUGGCAGUAUACUUGGAGUUCUAAGUAAAGUAGAUUCAGGAGUUUCAACGAAUUGUACCAGUCAUGCAGCAUCACCAACCGCAUCAGGAUUUGCAAGUGUUAUUGGCUAUCAACUCUCUUCAUUUUCUUGUGCUUAUACCGAACUGGAAGCUAUUAUGUAUGCCCUUGGAGUGGGUGCCUCUGCUAAGGAUCCAAAAGAUUUGAAAUUCAUUUAUGAAAGAAGCUCUGAUUUCUCCUGUUUGCCUACCUUUGGAGUUAUCAUUGCGCAGAAAUCUGUCAUGGGUGGAGGAUUAGCAGAGGUUCCUGGCCUUUCAAUCAACUUUGCAAAGGCCAUCAUUUAUCUCGAAGCUUAUAACCGGCCUCCAUUCUUGCUCCUUUCAGGAAAAUUAAGAUGUGAAUCACAUAUUGCUGAUAUCCUAGAUAAAGGAUCCGGUUUAGUGAUUCUUAUCGAUGUCUAUUCAUAUUCUGAGAAGGAACUUAUAUGUUAUAAUCAGUUCUCUGUCUUCAUUGUUGGCUCUGGAGGGUUUGGUGGAAAACGAACAUCAGACAAAGUCAAGAUGGCUGUAGCCACGCCCAAUCGACCUCCAGAUGCUGUACUUACAGAUAGCACCUCUCUCAAUCAGGCUGCUUUAUACCGCCUCAGUGGAGACUGGAAUCCCUUACAUAUUGAUCCUGAUUUUGCUAGUUUAGCUGGUUUUGACAAGCCCAUAUUACACGGAUUAUGUACAUUUGGAUUUUCUGCCAGGCAUGUGCGUUUUGCAAAACCAGUAUAUCCAGGUCAAACUGUGCAAACUGAGAUGUGGAAGGAAGGAAACAGAAUUCAUUUUCAAACUAAGGGUGGAGAGCUUCAGAGUAACCUUGUGUUUGAGGAAAUUGGUCGCCGCCUUAAGGAUGUUGGGCAUGAGGUGGUAAAGAAAAUAAAUGCUACAUUUGAGUGGCAUAUCACUAAAAAUGGAAACGUUGCAGCGAAAUGGACUAUUGACCUAAAAAGUGGUUCUGGACAAAUGUACCAAGGCCCUGCGAAAGGCUCUGCUGACAUAACCAUGGUGAUUUCAGACGAAGACUUCAUGCAGGUGGUCCUGGGCAAGCUCAACCCUCAGAAGGCUUUCUUUAGUGGACAACUGAAGGCAAAAGGGAACAUCAUGCUGGCCCAGAAACUUCAGACGAUUUUUAAAGAUUACGCCAAGCUUUGAAGAGCACACUGGAUUAUUAAUUAAAAUGAAAGAAUUAAACUCUUUCUUUACCAAAAUAUGCUUGAUUAGUCAGCAAAAGUGAAACAAACUAAGAUAUAGUUGAAGUAGCUUAACAUUUUCAAAUUUCAGAUAACUAUAGAUUUUCAUUUUUGCUAAUUUUUCAUGUAUCAUUUUAAAAAUGUAAAGUAGAAUGUAAUUAUGCUUUUGUUCUUAAAUCUCUAUCUUCAUAAUAAAAAAUUUCACCGCA